GUGGAGCGAGAGAAAGCCAACCUCCUGUCCAACCUCCAGGAGUCUCAAACGCAGCUGGAGCACACCAAAGGAGCAUUGAUGGAGCAGCAUGAACGCAUACACCGCUUGACCGAGCAUGUCAACUCCAUGAAGAGGCUGCAUAGCAACAAGGAGCUCCCGAUGGACCUGGAGACGGAGAAAUCGGUCCGCGAAGCCUCUCAGCAGGGCCAUGACUACGAAGUGGACAUCAACGGGCUGGAGAUCCUGGAGUGCAAGUACAAGGUGGCCGUCUCUGAGGUCAUCGACCUCAAGGCUGAGAUCAAAGCCCUGAAGGAGAAGUACAACAAGUGCUUGGAGAGCUACACGGACGAGAAGACCAAGGGGGAGAGCAAGAUCCAGGUGCUGGAUGAGCAGGUGGCCAGGCUGGAAAAGACCCACAAGGAGUGCGGGGAGCGGAUCUCCUGCUUGGAGAGAGAACUGCAGACGGUGACGGGAAUGGCUAACGAGAACCACAACACCCUCAACACAGCACAAGAUGAGCUGGUGACCUUCAGCGAGGAGCUGGCCCAGCUCUACCACCACGUCUGCCUCUGCAACAAUGAGACGCCCAACCGGGUGAUGCUGGACUAUUACAGGCAGAGUCGAGUGACCCGCAGCGGGAGCCUAAAGGGGACUGAUGACCCCAGGGGACUCUUAUCUCCGCGGCUAGCACGUCGGGCCAUGGUGACACCCUCAGAACACAAGAGCCCAGCAGAACAAGCUCCAAAGGACGCUGGCGAAGCCAACAAGGAGCAAAGCCAGAGUCCCACCCGGACCCCCAUAGUUUCCCCCGUGAUAACUGCCCCACCCUCAUCUCCCGUCACAGAGUCCAGCGACCUCCGCAAGGAGCCCAUGAACAUUUACAACCUCAACGCCAUUAUCCGAGACCAGAUCAAGCACCUGCAGAAAGCCGUGGACCGGUCCCUCCUGCUCUCCAGACAGCGUGCAGCGGCGAGGGAGCUGGCCCCCAUGAUUGAUAAAGACAAGGAAGCAGUGAUGGAGGAGAUCCUCAAGUUAAAAUCGCUGCUGAGCACCAAGCGGGAGCAGAUAGCCACGCUGCGCUUAGUCCUGAAAGCCAACAAACAGACAGCUGAAGUUGCUCUCGCCAACCUGAAAAGCAAAUAUGAAAACGAGAAGUCAAUGGUGACGGAAACCAUGAUGAAACUCCGAAAUGAGCUGAAGGCCUUGAAGGAAGACGCAGCCACCUUCUCCUCCCUGAGAGCCAUGUUUGCCACCAGCGAAUUUUCCGGGUUGGAGGGGCGAUCGAAAAUUGGCAUCGGUUUUGAAAUUUUGCUGAUCAUGACGAACCAAAAAGCAUGGUGUGACGAGUACGUCAUCCAGCUGGAUGAGAUGCAGAGGCAGCUGGCCGCAGCGGAGGAUGAGAAGAAGACCCUGAACUCUCUGCUCCGCAUGGCCAUCCAGCAGAAACUGGCCCUAACCCAGCGGCUGGAGGACCUGGAGUUCGACCACGAACAGUCGCACUGCACCAAGGUCAAGGCCACCAAGGUCAAGAGCAGCACUCCCAAAGUAAGUCGCAAGGCAGCCGGCAGCGUACCUGCGCCUGAUACAGUAGGCAGCCCGCCAGCUAUCACAGGCACCCAACCUUCCCUCCUAGGCAUUCCACAGUGGACUACAGGUACUGAACCGAUCAAUGCAGGCAGUCCGCUGUGGAGCUUAGGCACUCAGCCGUUUACUGUAGAUACUCGAGCAUUGACCAUAGAGACCACAGCGUUCACUCCAAACACAAGACUAUCUCCUGCAGACACCCGCCCAUCCACUCACCCAUCUUCUCCACACCCUAGGUCGCCCAUCCUAGGCCUCAGACCAUCUACCCUAGGCCGGUCUUUUGUAGACCCACCACCAUCUUCCUUAGUUACUCCUCCAUCCACCCCAGCUGCCUCCACCAUACAGACUCAGGGCUCACAGCAGUGACACAAUCUGGGGGAGAGACAGUGGUGCUGAGAGGACAGUGGAAUGCAUUUGUAUUCCCAGCUGGACCAAACCUGGAUUCGCUUUUAUGACUUUAGAUUGUUAACCAAUCCGACUUCCUCAGGGUUAGAAAAAUAAAUCGAAACAAGCAGGAAUCUGGACAGUUUCAACUUUGAUUAGAUUUUUUUUUCAAGCUUUAAUGUGGAGAAGCCCUGUGUUGCGGCAAUUGUAAAAUACCUAGUUUUUUUUUUUUACACAAACAUAAUGCACUUCAGUGCCUCAUAUAGUACUGUUUUUUUUUUCUUUUAAAGAACUGUUGUCCAAAACCAUAAAAUGGCUGAAUUGGUUGUCUUAAUUUAUGUUAGCACUUGUAUGCCAGUGUGAAAGUAAGAUAGCUUUAAUAAGCAAGUAGAUAGGCACAAAGAUAGAUAUGUAAUAUCUAAUAUAAAUAAAUGGGUAGAAACAAUUGGCGAAAAUACUAGAUUCUGAUUGGCUGAGACCUUCUCCCUAGCCAUUAGAUAUCUAGUGAUAACACAACAGUGCGGAACUUCUUUCUCUGAAGCGGCCUCAUCACAGUAAACAAAAUCAAUACGCCAACUGCAACUGUACGCCCGGGUAAAGAAAACCACUCGAGUCAGUCGGUAUGACAGCAAUCCCUGAGAUUAACUACAAAAGUUCAGCAGCUGAAAACAUUGAAAAAGAAAAGAAAAUGUCAACAUCUCGCCAUACUGAGGCAAAUGAAGCAGAUUUAGACAACCUAGAAAUUAAUACAACUGAGGAAAACACCACCAACAACACACUCACAGACCCAUUUAAUAAUAGCAAUAAUACACUCCAGGGUCUGUGUGUUUUCAUGAGGUAUCACCACUUCUUGGGUGGUUGAAUCUCGUGCCUCACAACGCAUCCAAGGCGUGGUGCUAUCUCAUGAUAACACACACCCUGUCGUGUAUUAUUGCUUUGAUAACUACUAGGGCGCAGAUUGGGCUGAUGGUUUUAGAGAAAGGAAUAAGAGAAUGCAGGUUCUGCAGGCGCCUUAUUUACAGUGAAUAGCAAAAGCUAAUGUAGUAAAUCUUCACUUGAAUCCUGUGCUAUCCUAUGUUCAUUACAGUUUGUGGGUUAUGAAAGUAUUAGCAUGUGCAAAUACUCCUAAUAUUCCAAGCUGUUAUCGAGGAUUUUAAUCCCCUCCCUGCCAACCCAAUAUUCCCCACACCAACACACACACACACGUACACCAGCAGGGCUUUCAUCCUGCCACACUGCCACAAAUUGUGAAUGAAAAUAAAAUUGGCUAAUGUUUGUCAGAACCUGAUCUAUUAAAAUCACAUAUAUUUUAUCUGCAAUUAUUUGUCUUACUUUUUUAUGUCUGUUUUGAUAUUAAAUCCAUUUUCGUCCUGUUUUGAGUGAGGAGUCACUAAACUUCUGAAUUAUUGGACAGUCCUUAGAGGAGUCGAGUCUUAGUGAAGUGGUAUUAGAAAAUCUAAAUUGAUUUUCUAUCAAGACAAAAAAAUGCAGAUAAAAUAUGUGGUUUUAACAGAUUUGUUUCUGAAAAGCUAUUAGAUAAUUUUAUAUCAAUCCACACUGCCAGAAAGUGUUCUUAUUCUAUUUGAUUGGUACUUAAUAACAUGUAGAUUGCAAGUGGUAGGAAAGCAGAAUUUCAAAUGUCACAGUUCAAAUGUGUGACACAGGUUUCUUUGUGUUAUAAUCUGGGCUGUAUUUUUUCACUGUAAAAAUUGCUUAUUUCAUGGCACAUCACAGUAUAAAAAGAUGUUUCAUCUUGUCUCAUUAUUAUUAUUAUUAUUAUUAUUAUUAUUAUUAUUAUUAUUAUUAUUAGUUUAUUUAGCAGAUGCCUUUAUCCAAGGUGACUUACAGAAACUAGGGUGUGUGAACAGUGCAUCAGCUGCAGAUUCACUUACAACUACGUCUCACCCGAAAGACAAAGCACAAGGAGGUUAAGUGACUUGCUCAAGGUCACACAGUGAGUCAGUGAGAGAGCCAGGAUUUGAACAUAAUAGUUAAUAAAGCAGAAGAAAAUAACGUUUCACAUUUGCAAUUGAUAAUUUUUCACUGCUGUUAUUAUACAACAAAUGUUCCAGGAUAUUUAAAUACUUAGCUGAACAACAUUUAUUUAGUUUUUUAUGUCCACCUUUGAAAGACAUUUUAUUUUCACCUUCAGUGAAUUAUCAAAUAAAAAUAAAAAUAACAACAGACACGUGAAAUGUCCCCUUCUUGUACUGGAUAGCGCAAUCUUUAGCAGAAAUAUUUGCUGCCUUUGAUGAAGUGUAGUGGUGUCUUGGUGUCUUUUUUGUUGAAGACAUUUUAGUGAAAUCGUGCAGCUCUAUGCAGUGUGUUCAAACAUUUACUGGAAGCAAAGUAAAGUGGCUGCCAGGUUCCUAAAUGUGACAGUGCGUCAGGAAAGCAAAUGUUUGCUGUGUUUAUUUUUAAGUGCUACAAAAACGGAUAUUUACACUAUUCUUUCAGAAAUGGGAAUUUCAAGGGGAACUAGAAAGUGUGAAAAAAAUAAAGCCUUAGUUAUAAUUAUUACCUGAUGACUGAAAACAUGUUAAAGGAAGUUACUUGGAAAACCUGAGUGUGUCAUGUGUGAUUCCCCCAUGAGUCCAACAAGAAAGCAUACAGGCAGAGCAAGGGGCAAUAUAAAAACAGUUCCCGGUAUGAAGAAUAAAUGUAGCUUUCAUGAAAAGUGGUUCUUCAUAACCAAUUUUUUGAAACAAACAUCAAAUAGCAUUGCCAGUAAGUGUACUAAAUUACUGUAUUCGUUUUUUGCAACUCAAAUGAAAAUUGAUGAAAGCAACCUCAGAGAGGGAGAACAGAAUCAAAAACAUUUAAAAAAAGGUUCUGAGACCUUAAAUUAUGAGCUGUAACAUCUCUAAGUGCAAUGCAAUGCUUAUUGUUUGAUAGACUGUUGAACAGUUCUGUUCUACUGUAUGAAGUGCUAAAUGAAAUGUUGGUGUCUUUCAAAAGGAAACUUUAACAAUCAUGUUGUCAUCAAACAAACUAGAUUAAUUUGAUUUUUAUUACAUAAGAGUAACUGUUAUUGUAUUUUAUUUUCAAACUAAAUCUUUAUAUCCCAGUCCUUAUUAGCACUUUUUUAUUUCAGAAAGGAAAAGCACACAAAAUAAAGUUACUAAACCAGAAAUAAAUAUAGGUGUGAUUUACAAUUAUAAAUCACAUAUGAAAAAUGUGUCAAACUUCCAGUGCAUCUCAUCCUGUGUGCAGAUGACACCCCUUACACGGAACACACAGCACAGUUCUAAAGGUGUGCAGAUGUCACCCCUUACACGGAACACACAGCACAGUUCUAAAGGUGUGCAGAUGUCACCCCUUAUACGGAACACACAGCACAGUUCUAAAGGUGUGCAGAUGUCACCCCUUAUACGGAACACACAGCACAGUUCUAAAGGUGUGCAGAUGUCACCCCUUACACGGAACACACAGCACAGUUCUAAAGUUCUAAAAAAGAACACUUUUUAAUGUUUAACAGUCGUUCCUGAGUACAAUCCUCAUUUUUGAGAUUCCUAAUAAAUACGUUGUUUGUGGGGGUCUUUUUUGUUCUAACAGAAAGUAUUUCACACAGUUUGAGCAGCCAGAGCAUUGCGGUCCUUUCGCCCAAACUGCUGGGCAAUAAGAGUAUUCACUUUAAAUGACUCUCCCUCUCCCUCCAUAUAUACUGAUGAAGUAUUAGUUAUGCGCUAAAUCUGUGGCGCUCAAUAUAAACAACAAUGACAACUCCAGAGCAGCAUAUCUUACAUCUUCAGCACACCGAGUCAAGAGUGACUUUAUUGAGAGAACAGCUUAUACCGAUUGAAUAAGUAAUCAAUCAAUCAAAUAACCCUCAAAUGCAUCAGGCAUUCCUAUAAGCAGUACCAGAUUCCUGUUCACAAAGCUUUAACAGAUUUUUAAAAAAUAUAUACCAAUAUUAAUAUAUACCAGUUUGCAUGCCUUAAUUUCAGGUACUAUGCCAUACUUGUCUUUCCUGGACAGUGUAAUUCUCUCCAAAGAUUCCAAUACCUUCUUUCCUGUCAUUAACCAACCAGCUGCUUUGCCUAAUGACUGACAUGCUUUGCAGCCAGCAACGUGCUUUUGACCUGGGUGAAAAUGUAGCAAGACUACCUGAAAGUAAGCUAUGCAAAGUUAGAGCUUCAACAUUCUUUAAAUAAAUUGACCCUUAGUGAAUAGGACCCAGCAGAGUUCAGAGCAUUCCAGCACUCACUUCAACAUUCCAAAACAAUGCACCAGAAACAAUGCCAAAAUCAUUCAGCGGCUUUCUGAAAAAAGCAACAUGUGUUGGUGAAGUAAACGGUAAAACCUGGCUAAUCCGCCAUUGAUGGGGACCAGAAAAUUGUGCCAGAUUAUAUAUACAGUGUGCUGGAUUACAGAAGUCCUAUAAAAUCUAAUACUGUACCCCAAAUAAUAGGUAUCGAUGACAAACCUAUUUGAACUCGAUUACAGUACACUUCGCACAGUAGAAGUAUUGUCCAGCUAAACCCAGUCAGAUUGUAUACAUUUUUCUUUUACUUUUUCCAUGCAGCAUACUUUAAUGAUACAUUUUGAUAGAUAAUCCACAUGAUUCUGCCAGACUAUCUGAAUUACAUUGAUUUUUAGUCAGAUAAGAUCAUGCCGGAUUCCAGAAUAGACAGGUUCCGGGUUGUAGAGGUCGGCGCUCCACAUAAGGUUUUGGGUCACUGAGUAAUUUACUUUCCAAUUUAGACACUACACUAUGUGAGUAAAAUGUAUUUUGGGUGAGUAAAAUGCAACAUUACCUUGAAGUUAUGAGUACUUUCAAUAAAUGCUAACUUGUGGGUUAUGCAUUAACUACAGCCUUACAUUUGUAACAAAUGUAAAAUUUUGCUAAGAGAUUUAAGAUUUAGUUAAAUGUUUAGCUAAAUGUUAAAUCUAGUUAAGAGAUUUAAGAUCUUGUAAUUCUAAUCGGGAAAUAUGCAAAUAUUUAGCUAAAUGUUAAAUCUUGUAAUUAGAUUUAUAAAUUAUAUCUAAAUGUACACAUUUAAAAAAAAAAAAAAAUUAUUUUUACAACAUUUAUAAAUCUGGGGAAAAAAUAAAAGAUUUAAGUUAAAUCUGGGGAAAAAAGACAAGAUUUAAGUUAAAUCUGGAAAAAAAGACUAAAAUAUGAAUGCUUUUUUUUUUACACACGGCACCCCAUAAUUCUAUAUAUUUCUAAUAUUUAAAAAAAAAAAACUAGAAAUACUGUACUAAAGCAAAUCAAGAAAUUAUAAUAUUGUAUUCCUUAUUGAACACCUUGCUAUAGCAAUAUAAAGCGCCCCGACUGUCCAAACACAGAACAUUAUAUUUAUUAUAUAGAUUUGCCUUUCAUAAAUUCAGUUGACAGAUAUGCAAAUUGUUAGAUUAGGCUGAGUGGGAUGAAGACGUUGUCAAGAAAUCCUAAAGAUCAAGAAUCCAGUCACAUAUUAACCAGUCACAAACACGCAUCACGUGUUUCUGGCAAUUCCCAGGCAGGCUACAGUUAAGUGUCCCGGCAUUACUAUGAUCCAUUCUCUAGCUACCACAUGCAGUAUAUUCAUAAUUGACAAUUGAGACGCAGGGAACCAACGAAGCACAAGAAGCUUGAUAAGAUGCGAACUCAAGCUGUGCAGCAAAAUUGCUAUGCGUAUUCUUUAAGCAUUACAUUUAAAUAUCAUAUGCAAUUCAUAUUUUUUCAGUGUGUAAAACAUCCAGUACACAGCUUAUAUGGAGCGCUAGCAGAGAGGAUCACACCAUUCAUUUCAAUAGGGACUCUGUCAGGACCUGAAAUUGAUGCUGAAUUAGAAUGCUGGUUUAUAGAGGGACUGGAUUAGACAGGUUUUACUGUAUUUACUGCAAAGCGAGAGAGAAUAAAUGAGUUAACAUCACUGUCCAACGAAGCCGCCAUUACCUGCUAGGCAGUUGACCGCAACAAUAUACAGUUAGGUUCCUGACACUUAAAGAAAGUCAAUUAUCUGCGGCUUAUCUAAGCUUAACACAAGAGCCUUUUUUUUCACUUCUUAAAUAAUCUGUAAGAAAUCUCUUGUGACGGGUAUAGACUUUAUAAACAUCUUUAGUUUCAGAGACAACACAGCCAAACCCAGCAAGUAUUUAGCAGAUUAUAUUGAGAUAAAGGAUUAAACAAAUGAUAUUGGCUUCAAACUUUAAUGAUUACCAUUACCCAACAAAUUCAAAACUGAACCCCGCAGGGUCCACGCCUCAAUAUCAUUACAGCAUCAUAGGCACUACAGUACAACAGUUAUGUUCUGUAUUUUACAGGUGAAUUACCCUCAAUGACUGCCCUCACUAAAAUGUACUGGGAUAGGUAAAACAUAUUGUAAAUUGUGAUUGUGCGGGUACAGUGUUACAAUAUGUAACACUAUGCAGGGCAUUCCAGAACUACAGUCAUUUAAACUGCGUUAAAUUAGCUGAGUUAACAAAUUGCUAACAAACCACAAGAUAUACAAAUCAUCAAUACGUUAAGGCAGAAAAGCAAGUGUAGUGAAGAAUAGUUUUACUAAUACCCCAGGAAGAUGUUAUUGUUUUUACAUUUAUACUGCAAUUUUACCAGUGGUUAGAGAAAGGGGCUUGUUAGCAGGAGGUUAGCAGGAGGCUUGUUCCCAGUUCAGUCCCAGCUCAGCCACUGACUCAUUGUGUGACCCUGAGCAAGUCACUUAACCUCCUUGUGCACCGUCCUUCGGAUGAGAGGUAAGUGACUCUGCAGCAGCAGUUGUCACCCCCUAGUCUAUAUAAGUCGCUUUGGAUAAAAGCGUCUGCUAAAUGAUUAAUAAUAAUAAUAAUAAUAAUAAUAAUAAUAAUAAUAAUAAUAAUAAUAAUAAUAAUAAUAAUAAUAAUAAAUAUAAAAUUCCCCCCCACUUUCCUUUUAAAAUAAUUGUAAGCACAUCUGUACAGUGCACUAAAUGGCAGAGACGACACAAAUAAAAUAAAAAAACUUUUAUACUAUCAAUUAGACUACAACUUCCCCAACAGUCAGUACUUAGAAGACACCAAUAAAAAGAUGUAGUAUUUAGUGUUUUACUAGGAUUGUGUUGGUUUUCUGACAAGUCUUACAGCAUGUUGCCUUUCAUUUUAUGCAGGAGAAUUUCCUGGAUUAUGCAGUGCAUAUAUAUGAAGUUUUUUCUACAAAUGUUUUUUAUGCCACUGAACGCUUCUUCUUUAAUAUACUGAACGUUAUUAUUUUUGUAGCUCUGUUAAUCACAAGAUCGGCAGUACUCGCUGUAGAUUAGUAACAAAGUUUCAAAUUAGAGAGACAAGUAUAAUGUGUUCAUUGUCAGAAAAGAUUACGCUAUCAGAACAGCUUUUUAGAACUCAGAAUACCUCAGCCUGCUGACAAGCUCAUGUUAAAAGCAGAGUGUGGAAAACACGUAAAACAGACACAACCAAGACCCUAACUUAAAGAGCAACUUGGUAGGGGGUUGAAAUGUGACACUUAACUAAUUAAUUCUUCUUGUUUAGAUUCACUUUGUGUCCUUUUAUGUUUGUCGUCACAUCCUGGGGACUUUUAAAACCUGAAAGUUUAAAGCACUUGUGUGACCUGCUGUCCAGAAGCAUGUCUGAACUCUUAAGUUCAUCAGAAACACCACAGUGUAACUGUUACCCUGUCCUGCCACAACACUGCCCCUAGUGAAUGUAAGAAAUACAAUGCUUGCUUUAAAUUAAGUAUUACUUUCAUCCUCUAGCAGAGUUCUCAUGGGUACACUCUAGUGUGCUUUGGAGUUUAGACAUGAUUCUGAGAGCUCUAUUCAGACCACAGGGGUGCUUUAAAUUGGGUCUUAAGAAGCUGCCAGGAUGUGAUAAGUGAAACAGAAAAUGAUACACAAAAUGAAUCAUACCCAUACCAACUAGCUCAAAGUCUUUUCAUGCCAUUUAAAGUAAUGAAGCAAAAUUAAGCACAAAACAUGACACUUCACAAAACCUAUUAUAUUACAGAUUCAAUACAAGAACAACCAUUGGGGUAUAACAUUGUAAAACCCUGAUUUGUCGGAGUGUGCUUCAAGUCAGACUCCUUUCUAUAUAAUUGAAAGCCUCCACGUCUCUUUAGGAAAGAGGUUUACCAUUACCAGGGUUGUGUGAAUGAACGUGUUUAGAGAAAAGUCAUUAACAGUGUUUCUGGAAUUCCCACAGGCGAGAGCGCUGAGAUUAGAAGACUUCGAAAGAUACUCUGCGGAGAAUCUUAACAAACUGCUGUGUGAGUUUUACUGCUGUGUGACUUCCAAACUUGUUUUCUCUAUUUGGAAGGGCAUAAUAUAUAUUAAAAAAACAGACAUGGACUGCUGUGCUUUGGGUUAUAGUGGAAAAACUGUAAAGCGCAGGUUAAUCCAUAUUUAAAAAAUAAUACAACGCAGCUUUAUGAUGGCCUGUGAAAUUCCCAAAUCCAAUUCAAUCAGUCUUCCAAUCAUAGAUAGACAUGCGCCAAACAAAAAGGUCAAAAUCUUGAACGUGUGUACGUAUACUACAGGGCAUACAAAACCAUGUAAGAACAAGGUAAUAACUGUAACUACCGAUCUUCUCUUACACGGCCACUAGUGGUGGAAUAAGAGUUUCAUUACAUGGGAAUAUCGUAAUAGAACAAGGAAGAUGGGUGCUGUAUUGUUUGAUUGAAAGGCAUUACUUAGAACAUAAAAGAUUUUAGCAGGGAUUAUUGCUAUUAUACUAAAGAUCACAUUUUAAUAUCGUAAUGGAGUUCUAGACUUUGUUUAAUGUGUUUUUUUAUACAAAUGUAAAAUUUGAAUAAUACAUACAGUUACAGACCCAUUAGUAAAAUUGUAACAAUGUAAACAGUGUCCGAUCUUUAAUAAUGUCACUUUUUAGCUUUAUAUUAAUCCUGCUGGGGUUUGCUCCAGAGGUGAGUUAAUGAUCGCUACUACAUUCAAUUAAAAAAAACAGUGAAAUGAAGACUGCAGGAAAGCAGGUUUAUACAUUUUCGGUACGUUUCUUAAAAACAGGUUUGUGUUACGUUAAGAUCGUAGUAAUAUAAGAAGACAAGGCGCUGUGAACACAUAUUAAGUAUCCAUGCAAUGUGUUGUAGAUUAUAUUUUCCGGCCCAAAGAUGUCCCACUAUAAAUCAAAUACAGUCCAUAUUUGUACAAUUAAACAAUAAGAUAUAACCCACUAUACACAUAUAUAUUUACAAACAAGAAGAAAAGCAUUGUGCUGCAGGAGCGAUAUGUACUAAUCCCUGAUUCCUUCAACAGAGCCCUCCUUUUCUGUUCAAGAUCUUGUAAUUCUUUGCUUUUAUUUGAUACUUUAUAAUGUGUGCAGUUCAGAUUUUUUAAAUGCAGCACUAUAGAUGAACAUUGCUACUGCUUCCUGAUACCUGUGCUGCAGUUAAAACUCACUCCAAAAGUGGAGCUGCAAUGAGACUGUGUGCUGUACAGCAAAGCUGUAGGGCGCAGCAGUUGAUCUAUAGAGUUGCAGUUUGAAAUGCUUGCAUACCCCAAAACGAACGCUGAAGAAACAAAUGAUUCUUAGCACAAUAAAAAGAAGGGUCAGUAAUAAUGUUAAUAAACCAAAUAAGAGUAAAGUAUUGGUUUGAUUAAUUCAUAAAAUACUGUUUAACAAAAGUUAGAUUUCAUUCCUCAAAACCUAACACUUAUUUUUCAUUGCAUUGCUUUGUUGGCGCUCUUUCACUUUAUCAAGUUAAAUCAUGUGACCAGAAGGCAGGAUAAGAUUUUAGUUACAUUUGGUAAGUUCCUUCACAAGCAAGAAUAAAAGGGUCAGUGUUUGUGAUUUAAAAAACCCAAGGAGAGAAAUGUAGCUGGAAUGUUUUGUGAGUCAUUAUACUGGACUGUUAUCCUGUGUGUUAGGAAGGCAGUGUAAAUUUAAGAAACAAUGGAAAACGGGGCCAAUUUAGUUAAACACUUUUCUUACAUGCUUUUUCAUUUGUAUUAUUAUUUUAUUAUUUUUUAAAAAUAUAUGUACUUUUUUUUUUUUAAAUAAACUUACAUUUUUAUCACAGCAGUAAAAUACAAUCAUUUUACUCAAAAGGAAAUGUGCAUUUCUUCAUGUCCGAUUCCAGUCUUCCCGUAUGUUGAGCAGAACGCUAAAGGUAAUGCCCUCCAAAAAAAAGAAAAUCUGAAAUGUUACUCCAGGCCUGAAAUCAUCGUUUAUAAACCGAGUUUCCUAUUCAGGUCUAUGGACGGAUUUGGACCGACUACUCAAGAAACUUAAAUUCCUGAGACAUUAAAAAGGAUUUCUAGUCAAAACGUUUGUCAUUGAGUUUAAGUGUAUUUUAGUAUUUCUAAAUUCAGCACUAUUGAGUGUUAAAUAGUUAUGGAUUAUUUUGACCGGCUACAACUUGUAAAACCCUGAGGCUAGCAAUGAUUUCUGGUUCAAUGACAGUAAAUUGAGACUCACAAAACAAGUUUAGCCUGCAGUGUAGGUGCCAGACUGCCAUAUACAUACAGCAUUGCACCAGCCAGAUAUGCAGCUGGGGUUGAUACGAUCUCAAAUUACAUUUGAUUUAAUAUCACUGUAAUUAAUUGUAGCUGCAGUUUAGAAUCCAUAUGGGUGCAUUGCAACUGCUGAUCAUUGUAUCUGCAGUAACGAUGGCUCUAAUAAACCAGGCAUGUUUCCUCGUUUUACUGGCUGUGGCUCAACUGCCUUCCUAACCUGUAACCACAGCCUCUGCUUUAUGAAUGUGUCAAACUGUUCCUCCACCACCACAUAAACAUCCACCCCCGGUACACACUCACAAUCGCUUAAUUCCAUCAACCAGAUCUGAAUUGGUGCCUUGGUUUGAACUUAAUGGGUGUUUAGACCAUUUUCAACCUUUGACUAUGAAAUCCAGCAUUUGAGUAGCAGUGCAGCUGUAGACCAGCAGAGGGCAGUGUUUGUGAAUGAAAUUCUGCUAUAAUGACACUGCUGGCUCAGAUUUAACAGUGCUUGUUACUUUCCAUAUAAAACAGCUGUAUUGGAUGCAAUGCAAGUGCAUUACGUUAGAAGAAAACUGUAGUGUGUACUAUUAGACUGCAGUUUAAUUCAGCUAACUUCAAAGAUUAAAAACUAAGUCAAGCAGACAAACAUUUCGGCCAAUGCCUUCAUCAGGGUGUUUUACGUGAUGAAACGUCAAAUCGUUUCUCUGCUUUGAUUUGAUCACCUGGGAUAAAUGCAGCUGGAUAUUAUUAGAGCACUUUACAGCACAGAUGAACCUCCCUGGACUUCUUCAGCCCCCUGUUUAUAGCACUGUCCCGGGAUAAGCAUGGGUAGGUGGUUGAUGCAAUCCAGGGUCUGGAAAAACGCUCUAAUAAAAUCCAGCUGUGAUGUAUCGGGGAGAGGCUGAUCAAAUCGACCCCCUAAAUCUUUCACGUUUUACAUUACUGUCCAUAUAAGAUGCUGGUUAACUAUAUUUUAACCUAGAUUGUUACUGCACUUUCCUUGCAGCUAAACAGCUGCCACGUUUCUUAAAACAUGAAUCCUGUGGUAUAAUGAUGAUUGUGGUACAGCAUAUGUAUUUUUUUCUAUGAAGGACUAGACAGGGAAGCAAAUGUACAGUUGGAAAAUGGAAAACAAUGAUUUUGUAAAAACAGAAUCAACUAGGAAAUCCAAUACUGUAGUUGCAAUCUACUGUUAUGUAGCUGUAUUAAAUGUACAUUGUGUUUGUAUAUAUGUGUGCAUAGUGGCUGUAUCUGUGUUGUCUCUGUGUAAUAUGCAAAGGAAAUAAUACAUUUUGAGACUUACAGUACACAAGUGUGUUUGUUCAUUACCUCCUUUGUUAAAUGUACUAACAUCAUGUUGUCAGCAUUACCAUGGGAUUGAAUGAGGAAUAGCUUGCCAGUGUGCUCUUAUUUCUUUAUUUCCUAACCACCUUCAUUUGAUUUGAUGUAUUUAUUUCAAAUCGCUGUGAAUGAUCGUUUUUUUAACCACUGUGCAUCAAGGGUUUGGAGAAGCAGUUGAAUACUGUCAGAUAAAUAUCCCACCUAUCUCUUUGCUCCCAUCAUAUAAUCUAUAUGGUUUCUUGGUUAAACUUUUAAGAAAAGUGCCUUUCCAUUUGCACGAUCUUAUGUUAUAUAAGCAUGCGUUAUAAGUUGUGUUACCUGGUUAUGAUUUUUGCUGAUGUUUUAAAGACUUUUCUUGAAAUAUUACCUAAUCCGGCUGCUCAUUAAUAUUAUGAGAUGUGAGAAAAUGUUUUUUUUUUACAUCCUUGAUUGUUGCCCCUUUAAUUUCGGGACACAGUUUCUAGAUUUUACAUUUUGUUUCACUUUUGUUCUGUAACAUGAAUGCGUUUGUAUCCACCUCACCACUGACUUGUAAAUAAAUAAAAAUAAUAUUUUUCUGGAGAACUGAACUUGGAAUUUGAGUGCAGGCUUUACUUGUUCUUGCCUAUACUGGAUCUUGCUAUAAGGCAAUACGUUCUUAUAAGAAGAGGAUUUAAACUGAUAGCAAAAUAACGCGUCAGAAUAGUAGAGAAUGAAAUCUCAGCUUCAUUUAACUGCACUAUAGACAGUAGUACCCAGGUAAAAUCACAAGUGUAGUGAAACACAGAGAAAACAUGAUAAAGCAUAGAUAAGGGGGCUUAGCAAUACAACGUAAUUAAAUCAAGCUUUCAAUUCAUGACACUUUUAUUUACUGUUGGAACAGAGAGAGUUACAACUUAAUUCCCAUUGGCAUGUCCUUUGAUAAAGUCCAUAAAGUUUUGUGAAAAAGCCCAUUGCCCUUUAUUAAAAACAAUUUAAAUAAUCUGUAGCUGUUUAACAUUCACUAAGUCGGAGGCCCAUUUAACCCCAUUGAUCAACAAUCAGAAUCAUUUUGACCUGAUAGCCAGUUGCUUACACACCUCUAAUGAUUUCUAAUGUAUAGCUUUUCCUUUGACUAUAGAUAGUUAGGCUCAUAAUAUAUUAAUGAUAGUACUAUUCUAGCUAUCUAUUUUCUAAUAAAAAUCACUGGCUCAAUUACUGUUAUAACUAUACAAUAAUUCUGAUAUUCUGCUAAUUCACAGUUAGACCAUGUUGACAGUAAAUUGUACACAUACUAUAACAAUACUUUUAUUGCAUCUGAUUUGCUUGGAGUUCAGACAUUCUGAGAGCCGGCCACGUGAGCGGUUUAUACUUCAAGGGUUUAAAAGUCCCCAGGAUGUGACGACUGAAAUGCAAAAUGAUACAGAAUUUAUUAGUUAAGAUAACUGUCAUAUUUCAAACCUGUACCAAGAUGAAUAGGUUUGUCUGGGUUACAAGGGGAUCGGAGUCCUGCACACUCCAAUCAUUAGCUAUACAUAUUCUAGGUAAUGAUUUCAAACACUGAUAUGCUGACACCACAGCACCAGAGCACCCAGACACAAUUCAGGGGGCACCCUUUACAGUAUGGACAUUUAUAGGACAAAUAUUUUUUUAGAAAGGGAAGGCAGUGUUGGUAACUAGGAGGACUUUCGUUUGAAUCCCGGAUAACGAGGGGAAGACUUGUCACAGAAUGUUAUCCUUGGACUGAGACAUGACAUGGGAAGGAUGAGAACAGUGGAUAAUAUAUAGCAGCCGAGGAUGGUGAUUUUCCAUCAAAACAAGUGAAAACAUGCGGAAGAUCCCUGAAUCCUGGCACAUGGCUGUACAAGGAGCUUUAGCAGACAUUAGAGAUUUAGAUUUGCAAUAGAUGCCAUAUACCGGACGUGCAGCUGAUCCACGAGACUGUGAAACGAUGUCAAAAUAAAAAUGCUAGAAAGGCAUUACUAGUUACAUCUUAAAAAUAUGAAAAACCUGGAAUUACUUUAACCAAAUAGGAAUAACGUUUUGAAUUUAAAAUGCUUUCUUUUUUUUUUUUUACCCUUGAGUGCUAUAAAACACAUGUGAAGUGAUACAUGUUCAUUUUACAAAACCAGUAACAAUCCAGAAAGUUCGUUUAAGGACUCAGACACUUGUUUUAUUUCAUUUCCAAAUUUCACUUUGUUGUAAAGACCCUGGCAAAUCAGGAACACUUCAGUUUUGUUUUAAGUGGGGUUUAUAUUUUUAUAUAUACCUUAUUUCAAUAGUGUAUUGUAUUGACAUUUUGUGAUAUUAGUUCUAAUUAUAAUAUGCAAAUGUAUUAACAAAAUUAAUACCAUGUUUAUUGAUCAUAAAAAACUACUUAUAAUGGAUCCCUAAACUAAAGAGUUUCUGAUAAUUCUUGCCUUUUGUGAUUUUUUUGCCUUUUGUGGAUUCAAGAUUCAUUAUCGAAUGGAUUUCAUUGCAAAAUUACAAAAAACAUGAAUACGGAUACCUUAUAACAGUAAAGUCAAAUACAAGCUACAGGAAGUAGUUAUAAUUAAGAGCAGUAAUAGAAUAUUGCAAGGUUUGGACCAGUUCACUGCAAGUACAGAGCUGAUGUAAGUACUAGUACAGUUGUGUGCCAUGUAGUCCAGUAUAGUUGAGAGUUGUGAGGUUUACAGAUGCUGCCUGAACAGGUGUGUCUUGAGGAGGCGCCGGAAGGUGGUCAGGGACUCAGCAGUCCUGGUGGGUAGGUCGUUCCACCACUGAGA